GGCUGUUUGAAACAGAGCAUGCUCCAUUGACAGCUGCCUCUGGAAAGAGUUGAAAUCUCUCUGAACCUUUCAGGACUUGAAGACAGACCCCCCCAGAGACUUCACAGAUCAGGCAAUUCCAAAUGUGGCCUUUAGCAGCAGCAUGCUGGAUGCUUCUUCUUGGAACUACGUGUGGUUAUCAUAAGAAAGGAAGGACCACAAAUCCUGAAGCUAAUAUGAAUAUUAGCCAGAUUAUUUCUUACUGGGGCUACCCUUCUGAAAAAUAUGAUGUUGUGACAAAAGAUGGUUAUGUCCUUGGAAUUUACAGAAUUCCUUAUGGAAGAGAAUGUCCAAGAACAGCUCCAAAGCCUGUUGUAUAUUUGCAGCAUGGCUUAGUUGCAUCUGCCAGUAAUUGGAUUUGCAACCUGCCCAACAACAGCUUGGCUUUCCUUCUGGCAGAUUUUUGUUAUGAUGUAUGGAUGGGGAACAGCCGGGGAAAUACCUGGUCCAGGAAACACUUGAAAUUUUCACUCAAAUCACAAGAAUACUGGGCCUUCAGUUUGGAUGAAAUGGCUAAAUAUGACCUUCCAGCCACAAUCAAUUUUAUCCUAGAGAAAACGGGACAGGAGCAACUCUACUAUGUGGGCCACUCCCAGGGCACCACCAUUGCUUUCAUAGCAUUCUCCACUAAUCCAGAACUGGCUAAAAGGAUUAAGAUAUUUUUUGCACUGGCUCCAGUCACCACAGUGAAAUACACCCAGUGUCCUCUGAAACAAUUAACAGCUCUUUCCAGAGACGUAGUCAAGGUAUUAUUUGGUGACAAGAUGUUCUCUCCUCACACGUUUUUUGACCAAUUCAUUGCCACCAACAUGUGCAACUGGAAGAUAUUUCAUCAUAUUUGCAGCAACUUUAUAUUUACUUUGAGUGGAUUUGAUCCAAAAAACUUAAACAUGAGUCGCUUGGAUGUUUAUUUGGCACAGAGCCAUGCGGGAACAUCUGUUCAGAAUAUGCUGCACUGGGCCCAGGCUGUUAAUUCUGGUCGGUUCCAAGCAUUCGAUUGGGGAAACCCUUAUCAGAACAUGAUGCACUUCCACCAGCUUACACCUCCCCUAUACAACGUUUCUAAGAUGGAAGUUCCAACAGCAGUGUGGAGCGGUGGACAGGACCGUGUGGCUGAUCUCAAAGAUGUUGAGAAUUUACUCCCUAAAAUUACCAGGCUUAUUUAUUACAAGUUGAUUCCACACUACAAUCAUGUGGAUUUUUACCUUGGACAAGAUGCACCCCAUGAAAUUUACCAAGACCUAAUUAGAUUGAUGGAAGGAUGUUUCCAAAAUUAAACACACUUUCCUUUCUCCAAGUAAGUGAGAUUUUUGUAAUAAAAAUAAGGUGCACAAACCCUAAGGUGACCCCCUCCAAUAAUUUUCACUUUGUAGUGUCCAAGAAUUUGUGAACCCUUUCCCCUUGCAUGUGGGAGGCAUCAGACUUACUUCUAGACAAGAGAAUUGGCAAAGGAGAUGGAAUGUCAGUCCCUGAAUAUGUUGUAUUACAUGAGGAUUCAUCUUAGCAGACUGGAGCAAAAGAUCCCCCUUGUAGGCUUGAUGAAAUACAGAUAUGUUGAGGAAGCUGACAUGGGAAGGGACUGUGUGAGCCUUCUGGGGUCAGCAGGGGACCUCCAACCAAUUACCUACAAAAAUUUGGGACUCAGUCAUAUGCCUAUGAGAAAACGAGUUCUGUCUAAAGCCUGAAAUGAGCUUGGAAGCCUAUUCUUUCCAAGUAAAGCCACCCGUUGAGAAAGCAGCCUGUUCAACCCCUGAAUUGCAGCCUGGUGAGACCCUGACCAGAGGACCAGCUAUACCAUGCCUGGACUACAGACCCACGGAAACAGUGAGAGAAUAAAUAUACAUUGUUUUGCACCACUAAGUUUUUGCUAAUUUGCAGUCAGCAAUGGUAAA